AAUCACGAAAAAAAGGAUGCACAUGUCUACAUGAAAAUGCACACGAUGUAAAAUAAAAGUUUAUGCAGUAUUAUAUGUCACAUCGUGAUUGCUAAGUCAUGUCCCAUAAUCCUUUGAUAUGACAAAGGCAUGUAAUUAUGAUCUAAUAGCUUGUGAUUAGAUGGGUAUGAAUGAAGCUGCUUGAACCAGUGAUAAGAAAUUUGGUUUUGAAAUGUUUUGAACAAGCAUUAAGAGGCGAUUAUUUUGAUACAAUAAACAAAACAAGGCGUUUUAUUCAGUGCAACACACUUCAUCCUGGAAGUUUUUUGUGCAUGGCAAAUGCUAUAACAAACUGUAGAUUUUCUCAACGUAAAAUCCUUAUAACAGACUUAAUAUUUGGAGUGUGACCCUUACAAAUCAAUCCUUUAUUAAGUCACGUGGCGUUCUGUAUUACCAUAUCACAUAACAGCAUGCUGCUAGCUUGAAUGAACGAAAGUAGGAAAAAUAACCGUUUCAUACACCAAGCUAUAUGUAAACUUUUAAUUAGUCGAGCAGAGUGAAAGCAGAGAAGAGAAACUUUUACAGAUCUAAGAAAUUUCAAACUUACUGAUGCAAAGAAAAUAUACACAUCAUGUCACUUGGUUUAGCUUUCAUUCUUUUUUGGCAAUUCAAGUUUGUAGAAUUAGACAUAGCAUGUCACGUAGUAAACCAAUACUUACAUUUGAGCGUACCUAUCGAUGAUGGGGAAGACUAUUCAAACGCGACUUUCGCCAUGUUGCAACUGAGAUAUGAGGGUAGGCCUACACCAUGGUCAAACUACACAACGUGCACGUUAAAACACCAUAACAAAACACUGUUUACUUUAGACUGUCGAAUAUUAGACAUUUACGUUAACCAUCCUAGCGACUUUUACGAAGUGAGGAGGGUCAUCACGGACAGCCAGAACAGGACGAGAACUCAUCUUGUGACGAAAUCAUAUGAAUUAUACACUUAUAUAUGCUUUACAGAUCACGCCAUUAAAAACCUGACUGCUACAUCAACAAGUAAUUCUACAAACAUUACUUGGUUUACUAACAGCUGGGAUGACCGGUUGUAUUUAAUCUUCUCAACACAAAUUGUUGUCAUGACUAAGAGGAUUACCCAGAAGUCAAUCCAUUCGCGUAAAUUUCAUACAUGCAACAACGGUUGUUCGUUUCUUAUUGAAGGAUUGAGAAAAUGUACAAACUAUAGUGUCUGUGUUAUUAACAAUAUGCACAUUGAUCACCAGUCCUCUUGCGUCUACACCAAAACAAAAUGCAGCUCAUAUCCCCCACUACCUCCAAAUGAAAAAAACCAACAACCAGUCGUUCUAAUUAUCAGUGCUGUGUCAGCAUUAUUAUUUCUUUUGCUCGUUGUGCUUGGAAUAAUAUGCUGUGCGCAAAGAAAAUCGAGACAACUAAGGAAAGCAAAACCUGAUGUUGAUCGAGUCAGUAUAUCGAGCUCAAUGCUGGGCAAUAACAAAACUGAGGGUGAAGAAAGUGAUUAUUACACUCACAUUCGUGCCCCUAUAUUUGUGUCGCAUGAAGAAAAUGUACAUAUUUGACAACUACGCAAAAACCUAAAUGUAAAGAAAGAGCAAGAAAAACUUUUUUUAUUUGUAUAAGUUUUAUAUUAAUCUUAAUAAUGAACUAUUUACUCAAAGCCCCAAAAUAUCUUGAAAAUGGAGCGAUUAUAAGAAGAAUAGCAAUAAAAAAUACUAAAAAACUGCAAUUCUAAUCUCUUUAACCUAUUUCCAACCAAUCAAUCCAUAUUAAGCAAUAGCCGGGUAUAAGGACUACAUUAAUUUUUUUAUUGUCUCCCCAAGAAGAUGUAGUGCACAUUAAUCUGGCGUUUUUUAUUUAGUGGAGAGGGUUGGAGAAACUGUUGAAUUUUAAUUUCUAAGCUUUUUAAGUUAAAAUGGACAUGAAAAUGUAAAAAAAGAUGCCAACAUCAUAUAUUGAGUUUGUUUAGUUUACCGUAAAAAUGUUUUUGAAAAACGGACAAUUCUGUUACAUAUCAACUGCAAAUAUUUUGGCAACAAUCCUGACAUUGUUAGAAUCUUUAAAAUACGUGCAAACGAAAAAAUAACACUUCACUGUAUAGAUUUCUGAAAUAUACAAACGAGAAACAAAAAUUUCACUGUAUAUAAAUUUCUUGCUUUUAGACAAACAUGGUCAUGCUCUUCCUGCCAGUUCUAUUCGCCCUAAUCUCCUGCGUACAAAGCAAUCUUCCACUAUACUCAGAUGGUAACGUUACAAUGCAAUGCCAAAUAUUUAACAAUUGGUAUUACUACAUUGUGCAUAUCCAACAUCAAAAUGGCGGACAUCAUAAAAAAUUGACAAUACAAUCUAAAGUGAAGUCAAAAUGGGUCAGUGGAGACCGGUGUAAAACACAAGGUGGAAAUUUUGUGAAAGUCACUUGUGCCAUGUGGAAGGAAUCUGAUCCCAGCUUAUUCAGAGAGACUCCGUUCAGGGUUGUAGACUCAACUAAGUCCAUAGUCGCGUAUUUAAACACGUCGUUUGUCCCAAUGUACAAACUGUAUCACUGUUAUAAAGACCACAAAUUACGAGUUUUUAAAGUUGAGAAGCGACUGGAGAAAAGCAUCGUGCUCUCGUUAGAAACACAUAAGUAUGAUGAACAGUAUUUUUUAUACAAAAAGACAGUAACACUUGACAACAACAACAACGACACCAAACCUGUUGAUAUCACGGUAAGGAGAUGUGAGAGCGGAUGCAAGAUUUUUAUCUCCGACUUGACGACGUGUAACAAUCACAAUAUUUGCGUUCUGUUGUACUACGAAGACGAGGUGGUGCGAGAAUGUAAAACAGUGAAAACAAUUUGUCCUCUUGAAAAUGAAUGCGAGCAGAUGAAGAAAAUCACGUACGCUCUGAUCGUUAUUGGAGGUAUUUUAGCUAUCAUCAUGUUAACUUUAUUUCGAUAUUGCAGGGCACAAGUAAAGAAGAAGAAGCGCAGCAGAGAUGACAGGCAACCGUUUAUCCCUAUCCCGAAAGGCUAUGUAUUUCCAAGUCCGCCCGCCGUUCCAGAAGGUUCCACACAUAUAGUGGAGCCAUAUUACGCAAAAGUAGGGGAAAUAGGAAUUACAAAUUUUGCAGCUGAUACGGCAACUUAUAUAACGACAGAACAAAUUGCGCUAAGUUUUACUUCCGAUACGGAGCAAAGUUCGACGCAGAGUGAGAGUAGCAGACAUGAAGUGUCUGCGGAGUUGAGAAAAGAAGCGAAUAACCACGGAGAACGACAUGGAGAUUGUGACGUGGCGGAAGACGACGGAGUUGUACAUUUACCAGCAAUGUUCAGAAAAGAAAACGUGUAGUAGUUGACGCAGAAAUCGUUGCAGUACGAUGUUGUGUCUUGUACAGAGUUUUUCUUAAAAAAGAAUCCCUGAUUUUCCACAUACGAAAUUAUUAACAAUACUGCGGGACAGUGAUAGUGACUGCAGGACAGUAAGCGCUCCAAUAUUUUAACUGUUAUUGUAAAUAAAAAUUAAAUCCGGUGAAAUGACCAUACUUUGUUCUCUCUCGAACAUCAAAAGAAACCUUAGAAAAACGUAGUUCAACAAAUUGUAAAUUAAAUUAUUUUUUGCUAGUAUUAUUCUUAGGACGUAAAUUCGGCAAAUAUUUUCACUUACUGUAAAUUGUAUUUGUCAAUUGUAUUUGAAUACGUGUUAUAUAUCAAUUUGGUCAAUAUAAUUGACUCAAUUAAAACUUUCUUUGCUUUCACCCCAAUAAACCUCAACCCACUAAUUAACUUAACAACCCAACUCUUAUACAGUCAACGUACUUUUUAAAACAAUUAAACUUUCAGCUCCUGUAGAACUAACAUGCCUAAUUACAGUGAAAACGCCCUUUUGCGUACAUCCUUAUAUCGGACACCUCUUCACACCUUUUCUCAGGAACGGAUGAAAUAACGGUCCAUCUCUCAUAACAUCUCUAUGAAGACGACAGUUUAUAGCGGACACCUCUCUGUAGCGAAUGUCGUUUUAAGGUCCCAAUUUGCUUUACCUCAACUUACCUCUCUAUGCAAAGUCAUCUAUAAUUUACUUAAAACAACAUGUUACAUGUUCAA